GGACUCCGGGCAGCGGCACAUCGGGCAGGACUCCGGGCAGCGGCACAUCGGGCAGGACUCCGGGCAGAGGCACAUCGGGCUGGACUCCGGGCAGAGGCACAUUGGAUCACCAGGCAGAGCGGCAGGCACCGGGCCACCAGGCGGGGUGGCAGGCACCGGGCCACCAGGCGGGGGACAGGCACCGGGCCCCCAGGUGGGGCGACAGGCACCGGGCCCCCAGGCGGGGCGACAGGCAUCGGGACCCAAGGCGGGGCAACAGGCCCCGGGCACCCAGGCGGAGCAGCAGGCACCGGGCCCCCAGGCGGGGCGACAGGCAUCGGGCCCCCAGGCGGGGGCGACGGGCAUCGAGCCCCCAGGCGGAGCGGCGGGCGCCGGACCCCCAGGCGGAGCGACAGGUCUCGGGCCCCCAGGCGGAGCGGCGGGCGCCAGACCCCCAGG